AUGGCGGCAGCUAAUCGUCUGGCUUCUUCUUCUUCUUCCUCAUCAUCUGAAGGUUCGCUUUAUGACGGAUUCUUGAGCUUUUACGGUGAAGACAUUCGCACCGGUUUCGCCGAUUGCCUCUACUAUACCUUGGUAGGGGCUGGAAUUCGUACUUACAGGGAUGAGGAUGAACUCCCUAAGGGAGACAAGAUUGGUCCGGAGCUACUCACUGCAAUCCAGGAGUCAAUAAUCUCCAUUCCCAUAUUCUCAGAGCACUAUUCUUCAAGCAAAUGGUGUCUGAAUGAGCUAACCCAGAUAUCUGAAUGUAGAAGACCAAAAAAUCGAAUUGUCUUUCCCAUUUUCUACAAAGUUGAACCACGGGACGUACGAAACGGGAAAGAAAUACAUGCGAAAGCUUCUAAGGAAUACCAGAUGCGCGUCGACAAUUACCAGAAGCAAUUAGUCGAAAUAAAUGCGAAAGUCUUUGAGGAACAGCAGAAGCACUUCGAAGAGACAAUCGUGCAAGGGUGGAAAAAGGCUCUGACAGAGGUUGGAGAAUUGAAUGGAUGGCAUUUGAAGGAGCGCAUGUAA